CCACAUCCUCUGUUGCGUUGGAGAGCUACUGAUGGAGGCUGCGUGGAAGCUGGGCUCGCUUCAACAAAGUUGUGGCUUUCAGCUUUGCAAAACCCAGCAAGUGGAAGCAGCGCCAGUGAAAGGAAACUGGGGCAGGAAGAGAAGGUUCAAUAGAUCUGGUGACUUUGGCCGUUGCUGAAGGCGUCUCUUUUCCUAGCCUUUUCUACGGGAAAGUGGCAGAGACAUGUUGUCAUUUUUUCGGCUCAGCGUGGCAACACUGGUCUUUCUGAAGGUAUCCUGCAGCCCCGUGGAUCUGACCCUGGAAGGAGCAUGGGAGGGAUGGAAAGAAAGCCACGCCAAAGGAUACCUGGAGGAGGAAGAAGCUUUCCGUCGGAUGGUGUGGGAGAAGAACCUGUGGAGAAUUGAACAGCACAAUUUGGAAGCCGCUCGGGGCAAACACAGUUUCCAACUGGCCAUGAACCAUUUGGGUGAUCUGACAGAUGAGGAGUUUAACCAGAUGUUGAAUGGUUUCCAGCAAAGUCGAGCCGAAGAGUACGAAGAGGGGGACACUUACUUCCAAGAAUCAGCCACAGAGGAGAUUCCCAAGCAGGUGGACUGGCGUACGAAGGGUUACGUUACUCCUGUGAAAAAUCAGGGACGCUGCGGCUCCUGCUGGGCCUUCAGUGCCACGGGGGCUCUGGAAGGGCUGCUCUUCAAGAAGACGGGGAAGCUGGUCCCCCUGAGCGAGCAGAACCUCAUGGAUUGCUCCUGGAAGCUGGGCAACAAGGGCUGCCACGGGGGCUACGUCAGCCACGCCUUCGAAUACGUUCGGCAGAAUGGAGGCAUCGAUUCGGAGCAGGAUUACCCUUACCAGGAGAAGGAUGAGAUGUACUGUCGCUACAAACCAGAAACGCGGGUGGGCAACUGCACGUCCUUAGUGCGGAUUCAGCCAGAGAACGAGACAGCUCUGGAGCAAGCUGUAGCCACCAUGGGACCGAUAUCCUUGGGUGUGGACGCUCGGAGUUUCCAGUUCCAUUUCUAUAAGUCGGGUAUCUUUGCAAGCAACUGGUGCACCCAUCGCGUCAACCACGCCAUGCUGGCCGUGGGCUACGAUGCUGAGCAGGAGGGUAACAAAACCACAAAUUAUUGGAUCCUAAAGAACAGCUGGUCCGAGAAGUGGGGCGAGCAGGGCUACAUGCGAUUGGUGAAAGGAGUUGAUAACCACUGUGGGGUAGCCAAUCAAGCUUGUUACCCAGUUAUGUAACAGAUCCAGCAUCGGUUCACCCCAAAUCUUCUCCGCUUCGGAGUUUCAUCCUUUCCAACUGAGUUGUCUCUUUGCCGGCAUCAUUGCCCCAGAUUGGAUUAAACAAUUUGAAUCAAAUUUAUUUCUUCCUGGUUUCUGAUCCUAGUUUCUCUACGGUGUGAAGAGUGCUCGGCUGUUGUUAACAGCUUCCUGGAUCUUACAAGGAGGGGUCUGCAGUUCGCAGAUUUUAAUAAAGGUUCUCUUGAGCUUG